AUCAAAAUAUUUUAUGGUUGAUUUUCAAUCUCCUUUAGUAGAGUUUAUUGGUAGAAUAUGCUCAACAACAAUAGUCAUUAGAGCUGAUCGAAUUUCAUGUUUCAAAGGAGAUUUGCAGGUUAAUUUUAUGAGCACCGACAAUUUUAAGCAGGCUUUAUUGCUUGAAUAUGGUGGGGGGUACUCUCUUUGAGGGGAUGAACACAAUUUAUGAUUUUAUUUUAUUUCAAGUCUCAAAAUUUUCUGUUCUCGUGGUUGAGCAUCUUCACACGUAGCAGUAGAUUGGCCUGUCUCUGUACUGUGCCUGAAAAUAUCAACGGUGUUAUUUUCCAUGAACCUGACAAAAAACUUGUUUUUGUUCCUGCUGCCAACCUCCCGGAAUUUAAAUAAACGAAAAUAAAGCGGAAAAUGGAAUAUUUCAUGGCUGGCGAUCCAUCCAACACCAACCAAUCGUCACAACACAGGUUACUCUUUCUUCUUCCUUUGCUGUUCUGUCUUUUAUUCUAUUGAAUUUAACCAACAAAAACAUUAACUUGAACACAAUUCUCCACCUUUUUCCCUUCAGAAGAAUUACCCGGUUAAGGAUGGAUAAAAGAAGAAAUGGGUCAGUGAAAGCAGCAGAUAAUAAGUAUGGAGAAUGGUUCAUUGAUGGUACUUCUUCAGUGAGGAAACUCCAGAUGGACUCUCAAGAGACAUCGUCUUCAAGACUGAAAGAGCUCCACAAGGCGAGAAGAGAUAUUAAUAGGUACAGAGAGAGCAGAAGAAUGGCAGAGUCUGUAAAAGCUCAAGCUGAGUCCGAAUUAUCUGUUGCAAGAAACACAGUCAAAGACCUGGUUUCCCGGAUCGAGGAUACAAAUUCUAAGGCAGAAGCGAAGAUGAAAUAUGUGAAUGAAACGCUAAAGAAGUCUGGUAAGCGUAUGGAGAGUUAUCGGUAUGCAGAAGUGAUGAAAGAAUUGGAGGCUGUGAAACAUGAAUUGAGUAAGCUUAAGCUUGAUAUGGCUUCUGUAUUGGAAGAAAAAUCGCAGGCAGAGAAGGAGAUUGAGACAACAAGCUCGAAAAUGUGGUCUAAUAUCAGUGUUGAAACGCUAAGGAAAGCGAUUGAGGAAGUAAAUGAAGAACAAGUGUUGGUUGAGUUGGCACGAAUUGAAGCCUUGAAAGAGGUUGAAGAGAUUGAAGCCCAAAGAGAGAAAAAAGCCUCUGAAUUCUCAUUCGCCAUGGAGGAAACAAAGAAGAAAAAGAAAGAAAUAGUUGAGGAGAUUGAGCAGUCUAAGGAGGUUGAAGAGAAAUUGGCUGUCACACUAAGUGAUGUGAAUGUGUUAGAAAAUGCACUAAAAUGUGUCAAAGGAAUGGACAAAAGGCUCCAAGGAGAUGACACCUCAAAGUUUACAGAAAGCAGUUUUCAGGAAUUGGGAGGUUUGCCUUUGUUAAGGUCAGUCAUGGAAGAAUUAGAGGUGGCCAAGAAAGAAUUAGCUUUAAAAAGGGAUGAGGGUUAUCAGUUCAUGGCUUCAAUGGAUGUAAUAAGGAAUGAGAUGAAGCACGUGACUGAAGAAACAGUGCGGUUAGAGAAAGCAGAACACAAGUCGGAUUCGAUUGUUCAAAAUCUUAAUUCAAAGCUACUUAGAGCAAAAUCUAAGCUGGAAGAUGUUUCUGCAGCUGAAGAAAAGGCUAAAGCAAUUGUAAGUAAUCUAUCACUUACUGUUGAACAGUUAAAGACUGAAGCUGAAGCUGCAAAGAAAGAGAAAGAGCUUAUAAUUCAGGAAACUGCAACCAUCAAGGAAGGAAUUCAGAAAACUGAAUCUGAAAUUGAUUCGACUGGAGAGGAGUUGAUAGCUGCAAUGCAAGAGCUGAAGGAAGCGAAAUUAUCAGAAGCUUUAGCUCUUAAGAAUCUUAAAUCUCUCAUAAAAAGCACAAUGCAAUCGAGAGCUUCUGCAUCACAGAAUGGUUCAUCGAUUACCAUUUCAAAGUUUGAAUAUGAGUACUUAACUGGGCAUGCUGCUGGGGCUGUGGAACUUGCAGAUAUGAAAGUGGCUGCAGCUCAGGCAUGGAUUGAAGCUUUAAAGGCCAGUGAAAAGGAAAUACUAAUGAAAAUUGAAAUGGCUCAAUGGGAAAUCAAAGAAACAAGAAUGGAUGAAGAGAAAGAGGUGUUUAGAACUGAGAGAUCACUUUCAACAAUGAGAAAGGUAGAGCAGGAAAUAAAGAACUUGAGACACGGGGAAGGAAAAAGACCAGAAGCCAAAAACUUGCAGCCCAGAUUGUCAAGAAAAUCUAUGAAAGCCAGUGGCAAUUUAACUCCAUCAAGACGGGGGAAGUAUCAGAAAUCUGCCUCCCCUGCAAAUAAGACACCGCGAUCAACUUCCUUCAAUGUCAAGAGGAAAACAAAGGUGAUGCCAAGUUUUGCUAAGUUAUUUAGUGGCAAGAACACUGACUAGGAUCUCAAAGCUGUUUGAAGAUCUUUUACAAGCUUAAAUAUCAGGUGAUAUUUACGUAAUAACUGUUGGCUUUCCAAGUUUCAUCAAUUCAUACUUUCAUAUUUUGGAAAGUUGAAGCUCUGGUUAGUUGUGUGAGGCAUUCCUGUAUAAUAAUUGAGAGUUCUGUUUCUAUUGCA